UGCGAAGCACUGUCUGCGGAAUCAACUGCGUCUCAAGUUUCACUUUGGGUUAAAGCAGAAGAGGGAGUUAACACAUUUACACAACACCGAAACAAUGCGAUUAAAGAAGCGUGACUUCCACACGGCGAUAUUUAAACAACGAUUCGCAAGAGGCUGAACCGGAGGGGCCGAAAGAGGAAGUCGCCGCCGCGGGUUCAAUAAAACGCACCGGUCGCACCUGACAGUCAGGCAGAGGAGACGCGCGCCGCUCUGAGGACUAUGGCACGGACCGCUGCCAACAACAACCUUAAGACGCGCGCGAGCCACAAUGGAGCGAAACGCGACGAUAUCAAGAUCAAUGGCUACCACAAAAAGGAGGAGAAAAAUGGCCCAGGGACGUGUGUCGCCUCCAGGCAGAACAGGGAGAACAGUCAGAACUCUUUUGAACAAGCGCCCAUGUUCGUGGCUGUCAUGACAUACCUGGGCUAUGGUAUCGUCACCCUGUUUGGCUACCUGAGAGAUUUCCUCCGAGCUGUGGGAUUAGAGAAGUGCCAUGUUGCCCAGGAAAGAGAAGAACAGAAGGAUUUUGUACCACUAUAUCAAGAUUUUGAGAACUUCUACACUCGAAACCUGUACAUGAGGGUUCGAGACAACUGGAACCGUCCCAUAUGCAGCCUGCCAGGACCCGUGUUUGAUCUGAUGGAGAGGGUUUCUGAUGACUACAACUGGACAUUCAGGUUGACUGGGAGGACUAUACACGAUGUCAUUAACGUUGGCUCGUACAACUACCUCGGUUUCGCUGAGAACAAUGUGGAUUUCCUGAAAACUGUUGCAGAAACAACUUGCCAGUACGGGGUUGGCGUUUGCAGCACGAGACAGGAAAUGGGUAACCUGAGCAUUCAUCAAGAGCUGGAGGAACUUGUGGCCAAGUUCGUCGGAGUGGAGUCCUCCAUGACCUUUGGGAUGGGGUUCGCCACCAACUCCAUGAACAUUCCAGCACUUGUUGGCAAGGGGUGUUUGAUAUUGAGUGAUGAGCUCAAUCACACGUCUCUCAUCUUAGGGGCCAGGCUGUCAGGGGCGACCAUCCGGGUGUUCAAACACAAUAAUAUGCACAGUCUGGAGAAGAUGCUCAGGGAGGCGGUCUGCUCAGGGCAGCCCCGAACUCACCGGCCCUGGAAGAAGAUCCUCAUCAUGGUAGAAGGCAUCUAUAGCAUGGAGGGCUCCUUGGUGCGACUACCAGAGAUCAUCGCUCUGAAGAAGAAGUAUAAAGCCUAUCUAUACUUGGAUGAGGCUCACAGUAUCGGAGCAGUGGGACCAUCAGGCCGCGGUGUGACCGAGCUGUUUGAUGUGAACCCAGCUGAUGUGGAUGUGAUGAUGGGAACUUUCACUAAAAGCUUUGGGGCUUCUGGAGGCUACAUCGCAGGGAAAAAGGAGCUGGUGGACUACCUGCGCGCUCAUUCUCACAGUGCAGUAUACGCCUCCGCCAUGUCCCCUCCUGUGACGGAGCAGAUCAUACGAGCCAUGAAAUGCCUCAUGGGGAAGGAUGGGAGCACAGAGGGUAUGAGGCGGGUUCGCCAACUGGCAGAGAACACCGUCUACUUCAGGACCAGACUGAAGGAGAUGGGCUUCAUCAUCUACGGCAACGAUUACUCACCUGUGGUUCCCAUCCUGCUCUACAUGCCAGGCAAAGUGGUGGCUUUCGCUCGUGAAAUGCUGGAGAGGAAGAUCGGCGUGGUGGUGGUCGGCUUUCCGGCGACGCCGAUCACCGAGGCCCGGGCCCGCUUCUGCUUGUCUGCAGCGCACACCAGAGCCAUGCUGGACCAGGUGCUGCACCAUCUCAACGAAGUGGGGGACAGGCUGUGUCUGAAGUUCUCGCGGCGGAGAGUUUCCCCUCAGACCGCCCUCUGCGCCGAGACAGACUUUGAGUCGGACAACUGACACGACUCGCGACACCUUCGCUCGGCAGUGUCAAAGCAAGUCCACGGGCUGCUGCUAGUGCAGACCCAUGAAUGCACAGCUUAGGGGCAUCCUCUGCAGAAGCGGGCCAAAUGUAAGGCAGCUGUUUUUAUAUGUCCAUAAAACACUGUGAUUGAACACAGA